AUGGUCAAGGCAGACCUUACGCGGGAUUACUACGGUGAUCUAGAGCUUGCGCCUUCGGCCGAUGUUGUGGAAAUCAAGAAGCAGUUUAAGAAGCUUGCGCUCAAGUACCAUCCAGACCGCAACCCAGGGCAAGAGAAUGAAGUCACAGCCAAAUUCCAACGAAUACAAUCUGCACACGAAGUCCUCAUUGAUACUACGGAAAGAGCAAAGUAUGAUGCCAACCGAGUCAGGGGUUCCACCUUCCGGAACACCUAUGCGGGGGCUUCUGGUAUGCGAGGAAAUCCUUGGUCGAAUGUAAGCUCACAAUAUCCUACGCCUCCGAAACCCCCAACCUCCGCCCGCAAGACACAACCACCACCGCCCUCAUCCGGUGCAGAGCGCUACCGCAAGAACUUCCAAGCUCCGCCGGCAUCCGCAUAUCAAGCAGCACAAGAAGGUCCACAAGCUAGAAAGGCUACGUAUGAGGGAUGGGAGAAUCUGAGACACAGCAAGGCCACCGAACAUGGACCUGGCAAGACGUGGAAAUCUCCACAACCUCCACCAAGAGGUACUCCAACAUCUGGGCGCGAAGAGAGCAAUGCUAGGUCGCAAAGACCUGUUCCCCCAAGACCAGAGAGUAGCAGCCAACAUCAGCGGAGUCACAGCUCAAGUGCUGCGAGUCGGAAAGGCUUCAUGCCCAACACACCCGGUGGUGAUGAGCCUCCAGCACCGAGAGGAAAUUACUUCACGCAACGGGACAAGCCAAGCGUUGCCCCUGAUCUACCCGCUCGAGAUCCUCCGCCUUCCACGCAUAAUGCUAGUCCCGAUCCCUUGAGACAAUUCCGACCAAAGGCAAUGCCAACUAUGGAGCCAAGAUUGAGCACGCCUUAUGCGACGCAGGGAGGGGAGAAGUUCAAUCCUUUCGAAAGUGCUAAUAUCAACAGAUCAAAGAGUACCCGAGAGCGAACUGAUACGUCUGAUCCCACGAUGAAUGGUUUCUCUCCUACGACAGAUGAUCCACGUUUCAAGCCGCCUCAUCGUGCUCGCUCUUUUGCUGAACGAACUACACCACGCAAUUCCAGGCCUUACGCUGCCAGCGUGGAUGAUACCUCUGAUGAAGAGGUACGGCCUCCUCGAUCAAGCCACCGUUACCGCUCUACGACCCCACAGCAACCCCGUGGUGCUCCGCCUCAGCCAGAUCCCACUACAAACGAUCCGAGUUCCUCAAGUAAGCCAAGCAAAGUCUCGCAGUUCAGACAAUGGAUGAAGGAAAAUCCAAAUACAGAACCCCCACCUAACGGUUUUCCUCCAGAUGGACCUCCUCUACGCUCUGGUCAGGCCAAGACAGAUGCAAACGGCAAUCCUUCAAUGUAUGAGAAUUCUUCGUUCUUCUCCAGAGGCAAUUGGUUCAAUCCUGCAAGAAAGCAAUCUUCAUUCGAAAACAGUCUCCCGACAGUUGCGGAGAGCAGCUCUUCAAUACCCCCAUUUCCACUUCGCUCAUCUUCUAUGAAGCUUCCGUCUUCCUUGAAGAAAUCUCGACCAACGACACCUCCCAGUGGAGUCACACUUGAUCCAAAAGAUCUCAAUGCGUUUGAAACUCUUCAGCGCAAUGUUGUCGACGGUCUUCUCAGCAGCAAGAGAGCAAGCACGGGUCAAAUGCCUCAAACUUACACCCCGACUGGGCUUUCUACCUCAAGGUACAGCAAUCAGGACCAACCAGACAAAUUCGACAAGCCGCUGCCAUCAUACCCGAAUAUCAGAAGCAAAUUCACAUACAAGGGGUGUGCGGCUGAAGCGGGAACCCCUUCUAAGAUCAACAGCAGAUUCGCGCCAAAUGAACUCAGUCCUGCUGAGGCGGGAAGCCCCACCAAGAAGUCCAAGCACUUGAGUGAUGACCUCUGUGGAUAUGAUACGGCGAGCGAGCGCCGAGAUUUGUUUAUGUUUGAUUUGAAAAAUAAAAAUGAAAAUAAUGCUAAUCACUAUCAUCGUUUACCUAGAUUCAACUUCGAUUUUCCCAAUGGCGCAUUUGCAACUACUCAGCCGCCGAAGAAUAGCUUCAGUAGUAGCGCGGAGAAUAUCAGCACGAAGUUUACGCCUGAACAUUGGGAGGGAAAGUUUGAGGCUGGUGGAGAUUACUUCAAACCGGAUCCGAAAGCAGGACCAGUUCCAUCUCCAGCUCGUGGACGUGCUCAAUCUGGUAGCCGUUCAAGAGGAAGAUCACCAAUUAAGGUUCGAUCAGGGCCUGGAGACAUCCCAUCUUUUGCGCCACCAACUGAACCGACACCCACUGAGUCUCCUGGGGCGAAGUUCUCAGCUGAAGAAUGGCACCAGACAUUCAAGUCUCAGACGUUUGCUCCUCCUCCGCGAACCGCUGCCAAUCCUUUGAGAAAGAGAACACCCACCCUGCGGACCACCUUGGGAGGUAAGGCCGCUGUUGUCGACGAUGGCAGCUCAUCAAAUGAAGACAAGCCUCUCUUCACAGGCCGCAAGCCAACCGCAUCGCCGACAACGAUCACACCGGAUCCAAUGGAUGUCGAUACCCCACCGGCAAACCACACUGUCCCUCAAUUUACCGCCAGCAAGAUCAAUGAGAAGCUCUCGGAAGCACAAAAGCGUCCAGCCGAGUCAGCGCCCUCAACACCGACCGAUACAGCUGACCUUAAAGUUGGUCUGGACGACCUCAGAAUCAAGGAUCUCAUCACCUCUCUCAACAUGCCUCAACCACCCAAAGCUCCCGCCCCCCCAGCUCCAUCUGAAUUUGGCAUCCCUACCCAACUCGCAUACGAUAACUACAUCCAGCGGUACGCCACCUACACCGCCGAAUGGGAUCAUUUCAGUUCCAAAUUCCUCCUGCACAUGGUGACACGGAAGAAUAAUGUAGCUGCCGCCGGAUCGAAGCGCUGGACUGAUGAAGUGGCUACAGAGCAUUAUCGCUUGGGACUAAAGGAAGAUCAAGUGGUAUUGCAACGAUGGGUGGAGACCAUGGCAGCGCAUGAGGGUGUGGUUAGAGAGUUUUGCGUCGUUAGAGAGAGGAUGAAGGGGCAGGUUGGAGGGGAGAGUAGUCGUGCGAGCUUAGGCGGAAAGAGAGCGAGUCCGAGGAAGAAGACUCACUAG